AUGGGUGCGACGCGUGGACUGUGGGCCGAUGAAUGUCAGACAAGCUGCUGCAAGCGGAUCGUGGACAAGAAUACCAUACUCUUCCUUCCCUGCAACGAAGGCAAGGCGAUGGUGAUCGUCCGCUGCAUCGACCGUCUCCGCUUUGAUGCGCCGGCCGAUGCCAACCGGGUCAUGCUUGUGAUUCCGGAUUGCAUCCAGCACAAGACCAAGAUUCUCCAGCGGCACUGUGCGGGCAAACUGCAUGUGGCGCAGCUGGGGAAGUUGGAGAAGAGCUGGUCGAAGGAGAAAUGGGACGAGUGCAUGGAAUCGAACCACAUACUGGUCGGGACGCCUGAUAUCUUUUACCACGCGCUCACCAACGCGUUUCUCAGCCUGAAGAGCUUCUGCUUCCUGGUCUUCGAUGACUGUGACCGUGCAGUUCGAGGCGAUGCGAUGGCAGGCAUCUGUCACGAUGUACUUCACCCUUUCUGCAGCGAGACCUCGGCCUCGAUCCGCAUUGCCGGGUUUACGACAAAGCCUUCCAAGGAGAGCUUGGGGCGUGGAGAGCUCGAGAUGCAUGCAUGCAUGCAGCAGCUCCAGCGACUAUUUCGCGCCAGUCUCUAUAUUCCUGAUGCCUCGGACGAGUAUCAUGGCAAUUGCUCCGAAGACGAUGCCUUUACGCAGGUGGAUGUUGCACCAGAAGGAGAGGAACAUGGCAAGUGUGUCAAGUUUCUCCAUGCUUGGGUGCUGGGCCUGGUACGGAAAUGCACCGAAAGGUUGGGUACGGUCGCCAGCAUCAAGGACAUCCCGCGCAUCCUUUGCCAGCUCCCCAAGGUUUUUGAGCAACUUGGCAGGGAUGCGUUCUUGUUCGCCAUCACGAAGGGAGCCAGGGCGCAGCUGCAGGGCAAGAUUUCCACGCUCAGACAGCACACGCAAGAUUGUCCAGAACGCAGACAGGAGGCAGAGGCUUUGGAGCGAACACUUCCGGCGCUGCAAGAGUUGCUACUGGAAGCAGUGCCGACUUUGGAGCUCUAUGCACAAGAGCAGAGUCUGGACUGGUUUUCAAUUCCCAAGUAUUCCGCCAAAGCUGAGAAGCUCAUGGAAAUCGUGACUGAGGACUUGACAGAGAGGAAGCGGUGCCUCGUCCUGGUCAAGGAUGGGGCCAUCUCCGGCCCUCUGGCACACAUCUUGUCCGAAUGGCUUACAGCACCGACAGGGUAUAUUUGUGGAAACAUGACCAAAGAGCAGCGGAACGACACCUUGUCCCGAUUCCGAUCGGGUGACCUAGCUGUUUUGGUGUCGACGAAUGUUGCCAACCUGCCGGAGUGCAAGCUGGUGGUUCACUUUGAUGAGUAUCGCACACCGCAGGCGCACCCUCAGACGGCUGCACGUGGGCGGAGUCCCGGUCUGAAGGUGUAUUGCUUCAAGAAUGAUCCCCAGCUGGCGUUGACGGCUGAAAGAAGAAUGACAGCUUUGGCGAAACGGCCCGAGACCGAGCUGCGUGAGGAGGAUCUCGAGUUCGAGGCAGAGAGCCGCGCGAAGCGGCCACGAUUGGGGCCAGGGCUCCUUGAAGUGGAGGGUGACAGCGGCCUGAUUAAUGUGCACAACUGUCGCGAGCUGGUCAACCGAUACUGCGCAGAGGUGCUUGCAGACAGCUUCGUCGUUGACGACAUGUUUUGCCGCGACGAGUCGGGGAUCUUGAAUGUCAGAUACCCAACACCACGAGGCUGGGAGACGGUAAGCCGCCAAGAUGUGGACUCUUACUGGGCUGGAGACUCCGAGGAGGUUUUCGACCCGAGCCGCAAGCGGUACACCACGAGAGAGAAGGACGAGCUUCGUUUCCUGUUCCUAGUCGCCCUACGCCUUCGCCAGACUGAUUGCUUGGACAACCACAACCAGCCGACCACGGAAGCAACGCAGCUGGCGCGGGCGAAGUGUCCCGCAGCCCCGGGUCGAACAGAAGCAGCUGCCAAGCGUAUUUCGAGCGUGUCGACUGGUCCGCCCAAGUCCCGGCUCUGCGAUUGGGCCCAAAAGACCUACCGUCAAAGCUGCGACAAGACGCUCGAGUGGGAGUACAAAAGCAUGCCGGGAGGAGGCUUCUGCGCUUUCCUUCACAUCAAGCCGCUGCAGCUUCGCUUCGAAGGAGAAGCAUGCUCAUCGAAGAAGCAGGCAGGCCAUGACGUGGCUCUGAGAGCUCUCCAGCAUCCACAGGUAUCUGGACAGUGUCUCAGCGGUCAGCCCGAAGUGCUCGUGCACAAGGAUGUAAUGGAGGUUGAUGGCUGA